AUGCUAGAUCCGCACCCACGCACGAAGCGUGCUGAUGCCGCAUCCGGUCCUGGUAUCAACAGCCUCAUCAACGCAGCCAACAAAAACGAUCGUUUCAAAUUGCUUGAAGAUGAUGCGGUCCUUUCUGCUAAUCUCACUAAUGCCAUCCACCCCAUUUUCCAUCAGCUCAAGGGUAACUGCCAUCUACGACUCGCGUUGCAGCUGGCAUCGCAUUUUAUCCUGCAUGAUCGACUUCUCGAGUUUUUUGUGCCCUUGCUGUAUGGACGCCAGUUGCACGACCUAAGAUCUAUGAAAAAGUAUCUCUUCGAUCCUCUCACACACGCAUCCCAACCAAGGCAAGCGCAGCUGCUCUUAGGGGUACGUCAAGCCCUACAAUGCCUCGCAGAUCAUCUAGACGUCAGUUUCGUCGCCCCGAGCGAACGACGAGUUUAUGCUCGCACGAUUAUAGACGAAGCUACUCCAGCAUUGACAUCCAUUUGUUGUUUGAAGUUCCAAGGAAAGGUAUCACCUAAGAUUGAGGUUUCUGACAAAUUCCUUCAGUUCUACGAGGAUCCGGAUGGGUACGUCAAGGCAUCCCGCUGCGCCCAAUAUCGGCACGAUUUUCUUCUAGCUACCACACUCGUACAUGAGGUAGUGCAUGCUGUCGGCGUGAUGCGGCGAGGCGACAUCUUAGAGCCUCACUAUCGACCUGACUAUCCUGAGACAGAGUGGGGCUAUGCUUGGGAAAACUUCAUGUUUGGCAGCAUCAUCAAUCCACAGGAUAAGAACAGAUCUGGCACGCACCUGCUGAUGCGUAGGAUCUGGGCAAACGCUGACACGGAGAACGACAAGGGUGGUAAGGAGUAUUGUGAUGUCUCCAUGUCUUGGAUUGGGCAGUGGUUUCGAAGCGAGACAUGGAGCAUCAUCGCAGAGAACGGUCCGACAGCUAUCGCCCCACCGAUCACUCACUUGAAGAUACAAGGGUCGGUGGUAUUUUGUGAUACACCCGCGGUACGUAAAGACAUCGCAGACCUCUACAAAUCUUGGCACCUAGAUCAGAGAUCACCGCAGACGGUCUGGUAUAAGGAACGCACACAAGCGGAGCUACAAAAGUCAAUUUUGCCAAUACCUCCUAGGAUUCGCUCACAGCCUGAGCCUUCUACAAUUCGUGAUUUAUUAUCAUCAACUAAGACAAACUCGGGUAAGAAAGCACCAUAUUCAACAGCAGGUGAGCGACCGUCACCAAUGGCAGCACCUUUGAUUUCUGUUUAUCGUAAAUCUUCGAACUACGGCGUUGAGCGGAAGAGAAGAGCGGACACAGAUGGGGACAAUGAUUACUCACCGAUGCCUACAAAGCGGAAACGAUAA